UUUGUGAUUCACUGCUUUCUAUUCACAUUCUGAACAAAAGAGUGGAAAGAGGCUUCUCUCUUCCUCCUCCCCUCCUGCCUCCCACCCGGAGCAGCGUCUGACUAAUUGUGCAUCCUCCCUUGCAGAGAGCCAGCUGAGAACAAGCGCUCUCCGAAGUCCUGCCUUCACCGUAGCAGCGAGCCUGGGAUCCCCCGGAGAAUCGGGUUCAGGAGGUCCACGGUAGCCCAUUCGCCUCGGUGCUCGCCUUCUUGGACACAGACCACAACGUCAAGAUGCAGCUGUGGCGCAAGAGGCAAGGUCUUGGCCUGCUCAUGAUGUUUUCUUGGCAGGUUGGCCUAUUCCUCCUCAUCCAAGGGGUCCCCGGAAGCAGGAAUCACAAAGAAGACUUUAUAUUCUGUGGCCAAAGAAAUCAGACCGAGGACAGUAGCCUCAUCUAUCAAAAGGGAGAUGUGACCCACAUCACCAUCGAGAACAAUCAGAGCGUCUUGAAGAUCAUUGCGCCAUUCGAACCGAAUUCCAACAGAAUCCUCUUCCCUCAUCAGAAGGGAAUUUAUCACUUCUGCAUCUACUGGUUUCAAAGGAUGGGCAUUUUCAACAUUACCUAUGGCAAAAAUACCUAUACGUUAAGUAACAUGGCCAACGAAUUUCUGUGUUUCGAUCAUCCAGGAAAGAAUCGGUCUAAAAGCCCGGCCCUUCUCAGUACUUCUUUCAGCUCCUGGAGGCUCCCUCAGAACACCACUCUCCCUAAUGCGGCCGUGUACAGCUUCAACUCCCAUGCUCCCUCCACAGCUGGCAGCUCCAAUGGGUCGACCAACCUGUGUGAUCUGGAAAAGGAGUUAAAGUUGCUGAGCUCAUUCAUGAGCCAUCCGCUCAAGGCCCAGAGGAUGUUUCCUCAAAACACAGUAAACAAGCAUCUUCAGAGUUUGGAGUCAAAGCUAGCAGCCGUGGCCUUCCAAGGGGAGAUAGUUUCUUUUGAGGAAAAGAAUGUCAACGCGACCGUUUGGAAGAUAAAAUCCUCCUUCAGUCCUCAGAAUCUGCACCUCAACUCCAAGAUGGAGAAAGAUCAGAAAGAGGUGCAGGGCUAUUCGCUGACUCUGCCCAGGAAGCUCUUCGAGAUGACCAAGGGCAGACAAGGAAAGGCUGAGAAAAGACUCCUUCUGGUGGAUUUCAGCAGCCAGGCCCUUUUCCAGGACAAGAACUCCAGUCAGGUACUUGGAGAGAAGGUCCUGGGCAUCGUGGUGCACGGCAGCAAAGUGGUUGACCUCCCAGAACCCGUGGUCCUCACCUUCCAUCAUCAGCCACAGUCGAGGAAUGUGACUCUGUGCUGUGUGUUCUGGGUGGAAGACUCGGCCUCAAAUGUCUCGGGAAACUGGAAUGACUCUGGCUGUGAGACAGAGGUGGGAGAGAGACAGACAACCUGCCUCUGCAACCAUCUUACUUAUUUUGCGGUCCUGAUGGUUUCCAGUCUAGAAAUAGAUGUCGUCCACAAGCACUAUCUCACCACAAUCUCCUACGUUGGCUGCAUCAUCUCGGCCGUAGCCUGCACUCUGACCAUCGGCCUCUAUCUCUUCUCCAGGAGAAAACAGAGGCGGGAAGACUACACCAUCAAGGUCCACAUGAACCUCCUGCUGGCCGUCUUCUUUCUGGACAUCAGCUUCCUUCUCAGCGAGCCCGUGGCCCUCCUGGAGAACGAGAUGGCUUGUCGGGCCAGUGCCAUCUUUCUGCACUUCUCCUUUCUGGCUUGCUUGACCUGGAUGGGCCUCGAGGGCUACAACCUGUAUCGGCUUGUCGUUGAAGUCUUCAGCACCUAUGUCCCGCACUACCUCACCAAGCUCUGUGUGCUGGGCUGGGGUCUGCCUCUGCUGUUGGUGUUGGUUACUGUGCUGGUGGAUGGAAAGAACUACGGCUCAUUCACUUUCACCGUCCACAUGUCUUCUCAGCAGACCUCCCACCCCUCCAUGUGCUGGCUCACCGACCCGGUCAUCAGCUACGUGAUGAACCUGGGCUUCUUCUGCCUGGUGUUCCUUUUCAAUACCAUCAUGCUGGUCAUCAUGACCGUGCAGAUCUUCAAGCUGAACCGCCAGCGGGGAGACGAGUGGCACUACGUCCUGACGCUCCUCGGCCUCAGCCUGCUGCUGGGCAUCCCCUGGGGCCUGGUCUUCUUCGCCUUCACCUCCGGCACCUUCCAGCUCGUGGUACUGUAUCUCUUCAGCAUCAUCACCUCCUUCCAAGGCUUCCUGAUCUUCCUCUGGUACUGGUCCAUGCAGCUUCAGGCUAAGGCCUCUUCCCCGCUGAAGAGCACGUCAGACAGCGUCAAGCUGCAAAGCGGCAGCCACACCUCAUCCUACCGCCUGUGAGCCCUGCCCGAGUCCCACGGGAUUCUGGGACCUAGAGAUGCACGAUCCUGGGCCUCUCAACACUCCACAGAGCCUGGAAGUCCUUCUUGGCCUUAUCGCUGGGCCUCUCUCUCUGCCCACUUCCAUGUUCCUGGCUUACAGCCACACUUCUCCGUCCCAAGCAUCGUGGGCGGGGGCAGCUUCAGCGCCUUCUGGACCGGGAUGCCAGUCCGGGUCCUGAGGGGAGAAUCCGGCCAAGGGAUGGAGCCACUGGGGGCUCCCGGCUCCCACCGCACGAGGCACCAGGAGACUGUCGCUGGGGUGGUGGUUGGAGGCGGGGGUCAGGGACGGGGCAGAUGUUUGUGGGAGUAUAUUUUCCUGAAGAGUUCAUUUUCUGUGUACGGGGGAGUGGGGAAAGGCUGGGGGGAAGGUGGCCCUUGAGUGAAAGAAAGGAUGGGAGGAGCCUGACUAGCGGGCCUGGGAGAAAUCCAGAGACACAGCUUUCCAACGGGGACCUGAGACCAUCAGGCCUACCGCGCGAUGUCUUUUCCCUUUCCCCAAGAUCUGCCCUGUCUUUCCAGGGCCUAGGAGGGGAGAACAGCGAGUGUUGGGGGUGAGAACUAGCUUGAGAAGGGCCGGGUGGACUGCUCCAGGGUCUGGAACAGCGAUGAGAGGGACCAGUUCCCGGGGAAGGAAUGGGACAAUGAAGUCUUCCUUUGGACAAACAUUCCAUGGUUGGAGGGUAUCAACCUCUUGAAUAUGACUUCUCCCCUCGUGGUCCCCUCUGCCCAAAUCAAGGUACCAGGGCUCCUCUUUGACUUCCAUGAGUGGCAGACGCACAGUGAGUCUCCGUUCUGCACUGAAAUCUCUUUGGCUUCCCCCCAUUUUGCUCCAUCCCCACAACCUUGAAAGGGCCCAGGGGUGUCAAGACUACUGCAUUAUGUCUUAAAUAAUAUAUAUUUUUUGUAGCCCAUUUAAAAUAGGUAACUGUGUCUAUUGUAUAUAUUUUUUACAUUGUAUAGAUGUUCUUGUGCCUCUGAUGGACUUAUUAAAGUAUGUUCAGUGUGCUGCUA